AUGUCCGUUAUCAGUCCAGUAUUAUAUUUUAUUCGUACUGAGAAUGAUAGUGAUUGUUUUAUUCUUAAAAUCGAUGAAACCUGUAACUGGCAAAUUGACAGUGGAUCUGCUCGCUUUCCAUCUUAUCAAUAUUUUAAAGCUGCGGUUUCGAAACGUAAAAUAACGAAUUUUAAAGGAUUUAUUAUCACUAGCCCACGUAAAAACUAUUAUGAUGCCAUAACUAGGUUUUUCAAGGAAUUUUUUUCACCUAAAGGUAUUCAUGCUAAAGAUUUUCCAAACCUUGAUUUUCAUGUUAUUCUUACUGAAGGGUUUAGAAAUAAACAGAUUUUCAAUAUCCUAAGAGAAAAUGGAUUUGAAUUUUAUAACAAUGAUCCAAAAUUUAAAUAUCAGAAUAAAUUUAUGGAAUUCUUUUUUAAUGAAAAUGUGAAACCUUUAAUUUUAAAACAUAAUAAAAGCGUUGAACAAGACGCAAAUGCAAUAGGCUAUUGCGAUAGUGUGAAAAAUAAUUCAAUGAUGAGAAAUAACGCAGAAAUUCAAACAGAUCUGUCGAGUAUACUCACAUAUUUACAAUAUAUCAACAACGAUAUUAAGAAAUCAAUUUUCCUUACGAGUGAUAAUGUCGCUUCAUGGGUACAAAAUGUAUUAAUCACAAAGCUAAAUCAGGAACAACCAGAUGAGCGACCAUCUAUUGAUAUUUUUCAAGUACCUAAGCAUGGGUCAAGAAUUAAUUCAAUAGUUACAGGAACUUACGUUAAUCCACCCAAAUACGUACAUCAACAAUUUGCUUUGAUGGUAAUUUUAUAUUAUGGUGGGCAAUUUGAUUUUAAAGGUCUUUAUGAUAAAACAGCUAUUGACAUUGAAGCUGAUUUCGAAAUAAUGCUUAACUUUACUAAUUUUGAAAUAUUUAAGAAAGCAGCUCUAUUGCAAGGAUAUAUGCAAACUCUUUCAAAUCCGAUCACAAUUAAAAAUUUUUUAAAAUAUAUGGCAAAAGCACUAAUCAUUCGAUGCUCAGCAAAAGAUACUAAGGUUGAUUGGAAUUGGAAUGAAAUUAAUUGGCCAAAAGUUGCAAGAAAAUUAUAUAUUAUUUAUAAGAUGAAUCAAACUAUCGAAUCACGUUGUUGGCCAAAGUACGACUUUAUUAAGGAUAUAGUUGAUAUCCCUAAAAAGGAUAAUCUUGAUCCAUAUUUUAAUAAUAGAAUAAGUGGAGAUAUUAUUGAGGAACAACUUUAUUCGUAUUUUAAUAGUAUAAAAGAGAGAAUAUACAAAAAUUUUGUUGCCUUUAUUUCUAUAAACCAUAAAAAAAGAAAGCACCGACCACAGUAUACUACACUUUUAAGACCAUUAUUAAAUCCAAUGUGGAACAGCCUUGAUACUUUUCCUUUA